GAGAUGUAUGGCAACAAGUGCAUGCAGGACUGCAACGGCGUGGGCACGUGUCACUACGACACUGGCCGAUGCCGCUGCCGCAUCGGAUACACAGGAGCGGACUGUUCACACAUGGACGCGCAUCCCUGCUCCUCCCCACCCACGUCUUCUCCGGGAGUGGUGGCUGGGAGUGCGUGGGCGUGUGCAGGAGAGUGCGACCUGCACUCGGGCCUCUGCUUCUGUGGCGCUGCCUCGCUCUUCCCCCUGCGACCCGUCCCCGACCCCUGUGGAUUCGCACAUGACUUAGCAGCAGCGGUGGACAGGACCAGAAAGGACACGGAAGCCCUGUACGCCAACACCACGCACUACCCCGGCUGGUGCAACACGCGCCCAGAGGCGGUGGGCGUGGGCAUGGGCGGCAGCAUGGCGAUGGGAGGGGCGGAGCCCAGGGCGCGCUGCACGUGUGACUAUGACGGGGCUGUGGGCGCCUUCUGUCACGUGCCUGUGGCGGCUUUCUGUGUCAACCAGUGCUCGGGGCACGGCACAUGCAUACGCGGGCACUGCCAG